GCUAACAUAAUUCACUCAUUAACUUAAGCGAUGGUACUACAUCAAGUUUUAUAAAGAUCUGAUGAAGAAAGUUUGCAACUCUUCGCGUGAUAGUUAUAUUUAUUCACCGUGGCGCUUGCUGAGGAUUUUGAUGAGAUGGAAAAAAGUCGAGUAUGGAAGGGUUCACUUGACUCUCACCUCGAAGGAUGGGUUUGUACCCUAUGCAAGAGCACCUCAUUUCAGCCCCAGCCUGCUUAUCUUUGCAAAGCCACCUUGGCAUAGCCCGCUACGAAAACCAAGCUACCAAAUAAAUUGAAGCCGAAGGUCAUUUGCCUACUUCGUACAAAUUUUAUACCUAAGCGUCUACUUUUCCUAUUUUUCUUAGCUAACAUACUCACACUAUCACCGAUUAUACUGAAGAAUGGCCGGCUUAGACCUGACGAGCCGCUCACUUUCUAAGAAGCUCGACACUGCAGGUUUAAUGAACCAUGUGCAACAACUUAGGGAGCCUCUGACGGGAUUCAAUUCUCUGGAGUCUGAAUCGGAAUCUCCAAAUGCGCUGGCAUUACUGUUGAAUGAUAUCUGCAGCGUCACUUCUUCGCUCAAUGACCUGGCGGAAAAUGAUAUUAAAUUCCCGCAAUAUAAUGCGGGUCGACUGUACAAGGUCUAUAAAGCUUGCGGUAUACUCAUUCAAGAGUCUAUACUACGCCUAAAACUUCUCAGAGAGAGUCGAGAACCUACUCCGGCCUUAGAACAUAUCGACGAAGAGAAUGGUCUUACCAAAAGGUGCAGGGAACUACAGCUUCGAAUGGAGAUGAUCCGUCUUUUAUGCUCCGUUAUAGACGUUUUGUCGUAUACGAUUACAGCAAAUGAAAAUACGACACCACAUGAGACUCUCGCUACUAUAGCGACACUUCGUAACCGUAUCUCUUUGACCGAAACGAAAAUUUCCCAUCUUGACUUUGUUGACAAUGCCGAGCUUCGGAGAGCCGUAAUUAUUGCAGAAAGUGCUAUUCCAGUCCCUAUUCAUAAGCAUUUCAUUAUACCAAGGCGCACUUCAAGCAUUUACACAAGGCGGGAGGAAGAGGUUAUGAUUAAAGCCGCGUUCGAGGAUAGAGCAUGUUUUAGCCAAAAGAGAUUUGUACUCUUCGGCAGGGGAGGUUCGGGGAAGACCGAGCUAGCGUUAAAAUAUGCCGAAGACUUCCGACAACUGUUCUGGGGCGUUUUCUUUAUUGAUGGUAGUUCUCGGAAGCGUGCGUCGGAGGGCUAUUCGGAUAUUGCGAGGACCGUAGGUAUUGAGCCUAACGAAGACUCUGCUAAGAAGUGGUUGGCCCUACAGAACGUACCAUGGCUACUGAUAAUCGACCAUGCUAAUACCUUUGAGGUUGACUUUGAAGAUAUACUCCCUACAGGCCGGCACGGGCGUAUUCUAAUAACCUCCCGCAGCCCCAGGUAUAACCGUUACGGCACUGCCGGUAAGAGAUACUUAGGGGUUCGGCACAUGGCAGAGGAGGAGGCCAUUCACCUUGUCCUCAAGGCAGCCGUGUGCCCAACCCCAUGGAGUGUUAACGACAAGCAGUCAGCUAAAGAGGUAGCUAAAGCUGUGGGGUCCUCCCCAUUGGCCCUGGUCGCCGCUGGUAAUGCAGUUAAGCAUGGUAUCUGCUCUUUGACCGACUACUUAGCCUUCCAUAAGCGUCAUUCAAGCCUAAUCAUUUCUCAUCGGAGGAAACUUCGGGAAAAUGAUAAGCUUAUGAGAUCUGAUUAUCUAGGCGAUGAGUAUAUUAGCAUUAUCACUCCGUUCGAAAUGCUCUAUCUGUCGCUGGAAGUUGAUACGCAACAAAGCUCUAAGGAUGCGCUUGAAAUCCUCAACAUAUUAUCUUAUAUGCAUUUUGAGCAUAUCUACUUUGACUUUCUACUUAAUGCGGCCCUUAACUAUUCCACAAAAGGGUUAGAAACGAACGCAGCAGGACAUAACGGGAAUUGGUUGGGGUGCUUCCGAAAAUCUGUUACUGCUCGACUAAGUCAAUAUUUUGACUCAGUUUCUCUGUCGGCUCCCUCACCCCUUCCUCUGGUUCUAAGAAAUGACAAAUGCCUCAACGAAGAUGAGUUUGAAGAAAAAUUACGAAUUCGUCUUGAUCAAGCGAUAAAAGUCCUUCUCCAGAGAUCACUCAUUAUGAUAGAAGAGGGAGAAAAUCGAUAUUGCAUGCAGCCUUUAGUCCACAAAUGGAUCAGGGGGCGACCUAGCAUUUCAACAGCAGAACGGGCAUACUGGUGCGGAAUCACCACAGCUAUUCUGGCUAGUAAUGUCUCGGCUCUCCACCACGGGGCGAUCGGCAAUAUGGAAGACGUAGAUAUGGAGCGAGAACUGUUGCGCCAUAUCGUUCACGUCGAUGAUUGUCGAAAAGCCGUUGAAAUGAGGCUAGAGAAGAACAGACUGGCUAGGAAUUCAUUUCUCCCUAUUUUGGGGAUCGGUCCUAAGAGGCAGGACACAGGACAAGCUAUAUUAAAUCAAUCACAUCCAGAGGCGAAGCCCGUCGAAACAGAAUCGUAUACCAAAAUGGUAUCCGCACCCGGUCCCUUAUAUGAAAAGCCGGAGUCUUCCGUUCAAGAUUCUUCUCUGUUGGUCCUCUAUAAAAUGCUCGUCUUCAUUUUCCUAUGGAUCGUCCUAUGGAUCUGCCUAUGGAGUAGCGUCAACCGACUUCUCGUUCCACUUCUCCCAUCAUAUAACAAACAUCUGAUCAAGUGUAUGACAUCUAUUGUUUUCGUCGUCGUGUUAAUUCUGACAGUCACCAAUAAAAUCGAAUCAGGAAGCAAUUCGGAUAUCAAUAUAAGUAACGAUUAUUUUAAGGGGUCGAAUUCCGGGAAACUAACAGUCAACAAACAAAAGGAACUCCUUACGGGGAGCUUACGCAGAUCCUGGAAGGACAAUGGUCGCCCAAAGGAAGAGCUGCAUUCUCAUAGAAAUGAACAAGAAUGUGCAACUUUUACAUAUCCCACAAUCCUCCCACAUCUCCUGGAUUCUGUGCUUGGCAGGGUUUCAUUCCUACGUUCCGAACCGCAGCUUCCUCCUGGCCAGACUCGUAUAAGAUGGACGUGUGUAAGUUAAAUCGGCACCCUACCAACACUUAAAUGGACAGAAUACCUAAUCUCUUUCCAAGGAAUGCGGUGCUAAACUCUUCGAUGAUUUCGUCGAGAUAGAGCCAGGAUCCCUGCAAGAGCUCCAGGACUCAAUGCAGGGAGUAGUUCAGAAUGGAGCACCUCAAAAGGGGACGAAUACCUAUAUUCUGCAGGAUAUGAUAGAACGUGUCAAGCGGGUUUUCGGCUCGCUGAGUAGGGCAUUUUCGACAAACCAGAGUUCGGCAAAUAAUAGUACCUUGCCAUUACACCA